UAACAACAGACGGUAUGAACUACCAUGGCUUUGGCUACAUUGUGGACUCCUGUCCUGUAAAUGAGACGGAACAGAGAGCAGCUGCUAGGAGACUGAACUGUGGUGUGGAUCAAUAUAGAAACAGUCAGUAUGUCUGUGCUCCAAAUCCGCAACGGACGGCUAUUGUUGAAUAUUGCUACAGUGGCACUGUGGGACUUCAAAAUCCAGGCACCUGUUUGAAAGUAUACAAUGAUGAAAGUUAUGACUCAGUUAACUGUACCAACUUUAAGAAGGGCUGUACAACGGAUUACUUCAAUAGUGCUAAUCUGUAUAAAUAUCCAGCCUGUCAUCAAAUUAAUACCCAAGAUCGAUGCUAUUAUGAAGAUCCAACCUGUCCAAAUAUGGAGACAACGCCUUUCUCGAAUGAGACGUUCACUUCAACACCCAGAAAUCUAUCGAAUAUCACAGACACAACCUUUAAUUCUACCAUGAACACAGCCAUUCAGUCUGAUGACAAUGUCCUAAAGGCAAUACUAACAGGCAGUUUUGCUGGAGUCCUCGUUCUUGUUCUUGCAAUCUUUCUAUUUUGGAUAGUCCGUUUGAGGAAAAGGAACAGAGCUAGAAAAGAAGAAAUUUCAUAUGAACUUGAAAGGUUUAUCAAUGUAGAUACGGACUCACGACGCAGCACAUCAACGAUAGAAGUAGAGCUUACACUUGGUGACUACAGUGUAUGGAAAACACCCCUUUCAGACCAGUUCUCCUCCCUGUCUGAUGACGAGGUGUGCGUGUUAUUCUGUUUUCUGUGUUCUGACUCCGGUACCCCCGACUUUACUGAUACAGACUGUCUAGACAUUCUUAAUGAGAUACGACGCAUGAUAUGCAGUAAGGACAGUGUAACAAGUGAGGAGGCACAGCGGACCCUGGACAGACUGAAGUCACGUGGAUUUCUUUGGGAUCAGGACGGAGUAGACAUCACUGAGGACGUCAAGGACGAGACCAUGUACCGUGUUAUAGAACGUCGUAUAGAACGUAGUAUAGAACGUGGUAUAGAACGUAGUGUUACACUGCUCUACGUGUAUCGUUUAUCCAGUUAUACUACAGCAGUGAGGUAUCUGAGAUCACACAGAUACACCAGGAAGUCUGGAGAGAAAUGUGUCAUUAGUAAGGACUCGUUAGUUGAUUCCGUACUCAUACGCCGUCUACAGAUGAACAUACUGACCCACGUCACCAUGGAGGACACGCGUAUCUGUGAUGAAGUGUCACAGACAUUACAUGUUCCAACAACCAUAUUACAAGACAUGACGUUUGAUCAACGACAGGAGUUUAUAAGGGACCUGGAACAUAGUGGGGAGUGUGUGCACUGCAGAGGCGGAUCACAGGGGAGUGUACAACACGUCAAAUGGCUCUGGAGAGACGACUUUAACCCAAGACCUGACAUCGUGAGAUCAUGUAUAGGUCUCCACCAACACUGGGAUAUUUACAUAAUCAACAACACAGCUUACAGAAAGCAGAGUAAAUAUCACGAGUAUCCAGAAAAUGUCAGAAGUUGUCUGUACUGCCUUCUGUUAGCUGAGCAACAGACCGUAAAUACCAAGGGCCACAAACACAAACAACAAGAUGUUCUAAGGAAAAUCAGAGAGAGGUAUUUUACAGAGCUUGCCUUGUCUGAUGACGGCUAUAUGAGGAAUCUUCCAGAUGAUAUCAUUCAGACACAGGACGAGGUCAUCACAUUUAAAUCAGACGACAUCCAACAUGACGUCAUGUACGCGUUCGUUACGGAGUGUCUGGUGGAGGACAGUGAUCUCAUGUUUUUCCUGACCACGGCGUCACGUGACGUGAUAUCAGAAUACUGCAGGUCGUGGGAUUAUAAGAGGAGUGAUGGAGAGAGAUGUCUGUAUAUACCGAAGAGACCGGAUAAGAUGUACGACCUGUUCAUAGACAGACUACAGCUGGACAUCCUCACACACCGUACCGUGUCAGACAGGGGGAUUCGUGACAGUAUCAGUGUACGUUUGGAAGUACCUCUAGAAAUAUUGCUCUGGGACCAAGAGGCCAGAGAGCGGUACGUGGAGUACGCCAAGAGAGGAACACAGACCGUCCACCACGCCAGGGGGAUGAUCGUAGGAUGUGCCGGGGCCGGCAAGACCACGCUACUGAAACGGCUGCUCAGGUGUAGUGACGCAGAGAUACGGGAUGUGACAUCAACGGAAGGACUGGAGGUCCACGAGGAGAUAUUCCAAAUAUGUGAAGAAACGAAAACAUUGAAAGUUAGGUCAAAAGAUAUCGGUGGCAAAAAGAACAGCAAUGGGACUGAUGAAAAGACGGUAACUUUCUUUGACUUUGGAGGGCAGUGUGCGUAUUACGCCUGUCAUCAGAUUUACCUGACCAGAAGAGCUUUCUACAUGGUGGUAGUGAACGCCUCUAAACGUCUGGACCAGGUGGUGGAUAAGGAAGUGUGUGACCAGGCGGACACCGUUUUUGCUGGAUGGACAUACGGAGAAUAUUUCAUAUUCUGGCUGAAAUCUGUCCAUACUUAUUGUUCCACAAGAGAUGGACAGAAGGUGGAGAUCAUCAUCGUGGCCUCUCACUGGGAAAAUACAGUGUACAAGGACAAGGCCAAUUUCCUGGAUUGCCUACUAGAUGUAAUACCAGCUCAAUCUGAUCUUGCACAGUAUAUCAGAGAAGACCGGUGUUUUCUGAUACAGUUUCCACCAAGUCAGUCAAUCGCUGAACUGGAGAGAUGCAUUAUCGACAUCACAACUCAACCAAGAUGGAGCGAGAAGAUACCGCACGAGUGGGUUUUUUUGAACAGCGAGAUCAAUGAGAAGAAACUGGAACGAAUUGUACCUAUCUCGGACAUUCAUGAAAGACUGCCAGUUAGAGAUCACAAAAAGAUCCAGAGUGCAGCUGAUAUGUUGCGUUAUUAUCAUGAUGCUGGGCGGGUUCUUUACUUUAAUGAAGAAGGACUGAAAGAUUCAGUCAUUAUUGAUGUCCAGUGGUUUGUGAAUGCAUUUAAAACAAUCAUCACGGACCGGCUGCACGUACGCGGAUACAUUGCUAGUCGUCAGGAUUGGAUUGAGUACUACAACACGGGGAACUUGAAAGAUUCACUUCUGGUUGAUAUAUGGGAUCUGGAAGAGAAGUAUAUCAACACCCAAAAUGAGAAAGCUGACUGCGAACAUUGUAGGGGUCUGCUGCAUCAUAAAGGUUCCAUGUUGAAAUAUAUGGAACGACUCGGGUUAUUGGCUGUUGGACACGACCUUCAUUAUAUCCCUUGCAUGAACAAAAGGAAAUUUGAAGAAACACAGAAAAAGGUCAUCCAAGAAUCAACAUCGAAAACAUCAGUGUUGGUGUACGUCUUUGAUUUUUUGCCCUACUUCCUGUUUUAUCGAGUUGUUGUGGCUUGUAUGCAGAUCAGCAAAUGGGAAGUCCUCAAGAAUAAUGACAUCAAAUGCCUGUACAAGAACGCUGCCAUGUUUAAGCAUGCAGAUCACUACGUCGUAAUACUUGUUACAUCUACUUCAAUCCAGCUUCAAAUAAUACGAAAGGGAGACAUGCUCAUUAAAGGCAUUACAGAUGCGAUCAGAAAGAGAAUUGACCAGCUAUUGAAAGAUGUCACCGACACAUUUCACAAACACCUGUCUUUCAAAAUAGGCUACGCGUGCAUGGAAGAACAGGAUCAGAUUAUCGGAUUGGAGAUAGAGGGGAGGUUUUUAGAGGAAAGUGAACUGGGGUCAGGGGAGAAAGUGAAAUGUCCUCAUCAUGAAGUGGAAGACUACCAUACAGUUAAUGCUGACUAUUUGAAAAAGUUCUGGAAGUAAAAAACAAUCGGUUUAUAUGUGUACGCCCAUCAUCUGACUUACAAGCUUCCUUUCGGAGGAAUACAAGUUUAAUUUGCGUUUCAUCUGGAUUGAUUCAUCGGAACCUACUUAAGUGUUAAGAGUAGGUAAAAAGUUUCCUGGACUUUUUUUCAUCAUGAAUAAAGAUAUUGCACUGACAAUUUGUCACAUUUUUCCUCACAGAGAAACACAUAAUCAGUUCACAUGCCAGCUAAAUUGGUGUGAUACUAUUCACUCUGUGAUUCGUUACUUUUCAUACUAACGUAGGAUAAGUGAAAGUAACAAACACAUUUGGCUUAUGUUAAACUUCCUGAAUUGACGUAAUGUCUUUAUUUGAUAUACUUGUACAGAUGUUGCUGCUUUCGUGUUAUUCACUAAAUGUUUAAUCCUGUUAUGUUUCUAUUCUUAUUUUACCUGUUGUAAACACAUUUUGUAAGCUGCUAGAUUUUCAUUUUGUAUUUUCAUUAUAAUAAUGGCGUAAUGUAUAAUAACUUAUUUCUGUUGUACUUCUCUGGUCCGACAAAAUAUUCUUUCAAUCGAUUACGGUUUGUUGGAUAAAAAUAAGACUUAAUUUUUGUAAGGUAUUUGAUAUAUCAUCGAAUUAUCAAAUUUAUGUUAUUUUAAUAUGUUUACCUAUUUAUAGUUAAUGAAACUAUUUCUUCGUUGAUUUUCAUAGGGCUGUUUACCUGUAGAUUUAGAACGGAUGUCAUUGGAUUGUAACGGACGGUUGGGUGACGGGACUGCGUCAAAUAGUGCGAAUGCUUUCUUUCAUACUUUCGAACUAAUGGCUCCGUAGAAUAAUACGUUAUAUUUUCAUAUAUCUUGUACAUAUAUGCUACAUGUACAUGUCAUUCAGAUGUGCAUUUCCAUUUUCUCUUUAGCGAACAUGUAUAUGUGAUUUAGUUAAUAAAUAGGAAACAAAG